GAGCUACGGGGCGAGAAAGCUAUUAGGAGUAAAACCCGGGGGGUCAGAACACUCAGAAGGAGAAAUAGGAGACUGAUGUGGCGGGGUGAAGAUGGCUGGGGUAAAACCUAGGUAAUAGGGUUGAGACUCGCUAUAAAUCCUGGGCUGGGGACAGAUAGUGGGGUAAAAUCCAGAGAGAGAGGUCAUGUAGGGAUGAGAUUGGAAGGAAAGCCUGCGGUGGAGGGAAGAUGUGAAGUGGUUUGGUCCCGGCCCCCGGUACGAGACAAGGGUGGUUUUCUUCUGGGCCUCAUGGGUUCUUUUAUAUAUGUGGGAGAAAGGUAUUGGGGAAAUUAGGCGUUGGCACCUGGGGCAGAGGUGUUAUAUUAAGGGUAUCAGUGCUGGCACAACACUUGGUGAAAUCAUGGGCAAUGAGACAGGGCAGCAAUGGGUGGUCCCUGUGGCCUACUGCUGGGGAAGUUUCUAUAUUGGGCUGCCUGGUAAAGGGGGAGUGUGAGCUGAUUCUUCUAUACCGCAUGGAGUGUCUCUUGGCACUCGCAAUUUGGUUUGCACCAUGUUAGCAAUAGCUGUGCUCUGACUGGGCACCACUCAAUCAACGUUCAAAGAUGGCUGAUCCUUCCGAUGUGGAUUUUGAGACUGGCCACUCUGGGGCUUCCACCACCUAUCCAAUGCAAUGCUCUGCUCUGCGCAAAAAUGGUUUUGUGGUGCUGAAAGGGCGCCCAUGCAAGAUUGUGGACAUGUCAACUUCCAAAACUGGCAAACAUGGCCAUGCCAAGGUUCACUUGGUUGGCAUUGAUCUGUUCACUGGCAAAAAGUAUGAGGACAUCUGCCCUUCCACCCAUAACAUGGAUGUGCCCAACAUCAGAAGAUCUGAUUAUCAGCUGAUUGGCAUUCUGGAUGGCUACCUGUCUCUCUUGGGUGAUAGCGGUGAGGUGCGUGAUGACCUGAAGCUUCCUGAUUCAGAGCUGGGCAAGGACAUUGAACAACGUUACAAUGCUGGCGAGGAGACACUGAUCACUGUCCUCAGCGCCAUGAAUGAAGAAUCUGCUAUUGCUGCCAAGGUCAUGAGCAAGUAACUGCGACAUAGGAUACAGCUUCUGGUUUUAAAAAAAAACCCAGACCUGAGAGGCUAAAAGUGCGCUUUGGGAUUGAGAGACUUUUUAUUUCAAUGAGAAAACGACAAAGUAUAAUUUAAUCAAAAACCAAAAAAAAACAAAAAAAAUUUGCAAGCGAACACUAACUUUAUUUCAGAAACCCUGGCAAUAAAACAAACCCCACUGUAGACCAUAAGCAAAUGGGUUUCAUUUUGGAGCCCUGAUCUUUUUACCCCACUGUUGCUGGGGAAACUUGGUGAGAUGAUUGUGUUCUGUCUGAGAAGGGCAUUGAAUUGAGUGGUGACCCCCCCUCCCCCCUCUGGCCUUUGUCCUACUCCAAUCACCUCUCCUUCCAAGUUUACAAACCACUCCCUAAUUAUCAAUGGGAACGGUGGCUUUACUUUUGAUUAUUUUCAUUUGGCUUCCAGUUCUUAGCUGUCAUCUUCAUUCUGUACUGGUCUGUAUGUGUGGCCACUUUAGUCAAGGUUACUUCAUUCACUGGUUAUACAUAGAUCUCAGAUCUCACACUUGGUUUACUGUCCUGUCUUUUGCAGAGAGGAAUGUGGGACUUAGAGAAUUCUGAUGCUGUAGCAAGCCCUGUCUUUCUUUUUGGGGAGGGGUUUGAAUAGCCAGUGGGUAGUAGUUCAGCUGAAAUAAAGUCUGUGUUACCCCUGUGUUGUGGAAUUUUGUCUUGCCUUCACCUGUUUACACCAUAAGGGGGAGUUUUGAGGCUUGGGGCUGGAUUUCCUUCAUUGAAGUGGGAAAAGUCUGAAUUUUAAUAAGAAUUUGAGUUUUGAAAGGGCAGUGCCACUUUGUUUAAACGCAGGUCAAACAUUUUUCUUUCUUUCUCUCUCUCUCUCACAUCCCACCCCCUGCCCCUGCUUCCUUUGUUUUGUUUGCACCAGUUUUGAAGGUUAACUUUCCAUCCUGCCUGCCUCUGCUAUAAGAUUGAAUGUGGGAAGCCUAUGAGCAGAGGACCUGCUAUAGAGCAGCAAGUCACUGACAGCUUGACUCUAACUCCGGGUCGAACUGCUUAGUAUGACUGUACAUGGUGCUUGGUCCUCUUAGUGGGAUACCCCAGCCCCACUUCUCUCCCAGCCUUUAGUAGAAGGGGGAAGCUUGGCCUCUUGUUGCUCCUACCGCCAUCACCCCUCUGUGCGCGCCCCCCCCCCCCCCCAAACACAUCCUUCACCCUGUGCGCCAUAACAGAAUUGUGUGAAUCAGUCGGGGUAGAGGGGGUCGCUAUUAUAAGAACUUUUUAGUGAGGGGGGCUGAGCCAUCAGACAUGGUGCUAUGAACCUUGUCUUAACUGUGUUGCUGAACAGGCUCAGCUCUGUUCUCAAUGGGAAUCCCUGUUUUAAAUUCAAAAUAACCUUGCAAACAAUUAAGAAACUGUGUACACCUAUUUGGCUUAAUUCCACCGCAUUUUAAAAGAAAAUAAAUACACAUUUUGUUAUGCCUUGAAA